AUGAUCCGCCUCGCAGCCGGGCUCCUGCUUUGCGCAGCCUGCACAACAGCAGCACCUCCAAACAUCCCUGGCCAAAGCAACGGCUUACAACAAGUGAUUGGCGAUCCGUCAAUAUCAAAGGCACAACCUGCGCCGCGGAAGCUGCGUGGCAGGUUUCUGCACAUCACAGACAUCCACCCCGAUCCUUUCUAUAAAUCCCACUCCGACCCCACCGAGCUAUGUCACUCUGGCAAAGGCCAGGCGGGAAGAUUUGGAGCGGAGCUUACGGAUUGUGAUACGCCCAUUAGUCUGGUCAACGCCACCUUCAAAUGGAUUGAGGACAAUCUGAAGGACGAGAUUGAUUUUGUCAUCUGGACGGGGGACUCGGCCCGGCACGAUAAUGACGAACGGCUCCCUCGAUCAGACAGUCAGGUCCUCAAGCUCAAUCGCUUCAUUGUGGAGAAGUUUGUCGAUACCUUCGGAAAGCCUGAUAACAUUGACGACCCUGACCCGACCAACGACUUUGUCGUUCCGAUCGUCCCUACCUUUGGAAACAACGAUAUCCUCCCACAUAAUAUUUUCAGCCCCGGACCGAACAAAUGGACGCGCGAGUAUCUCGACGUCUGGAACCGGUUUGUUCCACAGGCACAGCGGCAUUCGUUUGCAAGAGGUGGCUGGUUCUUUACCGAAGUGAUACCCAACAAGCUGGCGGUUUUCAGCUUGAACACGUUGUACUUUUUUGAUUCAAAUUCUGCCGUCGAUGGUUGUGACCUGAAAUCAGAGCCCGGUUACGAGCACAUGGAGUGGCUGCGAACACAGCUGCAGUUCCUACGGAUCCGUGGGAUGAAGGCUAUCUUGAUCGGCCAUGUCCCGCCGGCUAGGACAGAGAGUAAACAGAAUUGGGACGAGAGCUGUUACCAGAAAUAUACCCUUUGGAUGCGUCAGUACCGCGAUGUCAUUGUUACCUCUAUUUUUGGGCACAUGAACAUCGACCACUUCAUGUUCCAGGACGUCAAGGACUUGAAGUACAAAUUUCACAUCGAAGGCAUCAAUGACAGAUCCGACCCGGCCAAACGAAGGCCCGCGAGGUUAAGCGACGACACGUUUAGCAUUUCCGCAAAGGCGCAAUACUUGAAUGAGUUAAGAUCGGGGUGGUCAGAACUGCCUGCACCGCCGGCGGGCGGUAUUCCCACUGAAGAUGAUAACCUUGACAAUGCCGACAAGGAUGCGUCAGGCGAAGGCAAAGAGUUGAAGAAGUACUUGAAGGCGAUCGGCGGACCUUGGGCUGAGAGAUUCAGCCUUUCGUUGGUAUCCCCCAGUGUUGUUCCCAACUUCUUUCCAACUCUGCGGGUAAUGGAGUACAACAUCACAGGGCUGGAAAAUGAGCAUCCUGCAGAAGGCCCGAUCGGAGAACCCGCCGAAUUUUUGGACAGCGACCCGUCUGAGGGUGAUGUCAUUGAGCAGACCGACGACGAAGAUGACACGGAGAGUCAUCCAGACAAAGAGGCGCAUGGAGCCAAAAAGAAGCACAAAAAAGGCAAGAAGAGGAAGAAGCCCAAGAAACCUCCAUUUCCUGUGCCGAAGCCCCCUACGAAGACCUCACCACCCGGCCCAGGCUUUUCUCCCCAACCACUUUCGCUGCUGUCGUUCACGCAGUACUGCGCCAACUUGACCCAGAUUCACGAGCAAAUCCGAUCAGACGAGAAGCACAAACAUAAUCCCGAGAGGCACUUUAAGUACAAGGUCGAGUAUACCACCAACAACGACAAGUACUAUCAGAUGAAGGACUUGACGAUCCGGUCGUGGCUGGACCUCGCUGAGAGGAUCGGGCGGGAUUCAUUGAAAAUCAAAGAUCAGGCUGAUGACUAUGAAUUGGUGGAGCAACAUGAGCAUGGGAUCGAACCAGCCGACGAGGUCGACGCUAGACAAAAGACCAAAAAGUUGAGGAACCGGCUAUGGAAAGAGUUUAUCAAAAGGGCUUUCGUCCAUACGAAGCCUGAUGAAGAGAUCGACCAAGAGUUCGGCUGA